CUCAGCCUAGAAAUAAACACACUGGUUACCUACAGUUAAUGCUCACCCACCCAUGCCUUAUAAAGCAGACAUAUAUACCAAUUACUAUAAAUGCAGAACUGAGCGGUUUAUUUCCAUGUAGUUUUUCAUCUAAUCCAUUUCUAUAAGUAAUUUAACCCUUUCCAAGUUAGCCACCCAUGCCUCACACAGCACACCUCAUUAUGAUGGCAAGUACUCAUUAUGUUUAGAUAAAAAAAAUGGCAUGUGAUCCAAUCCUAACAAUUAUGAAUAAUUUUUUUUAUCCUUCUUAAGUUUUAAUGUCUUUUUCUUAUCUUUCAUACACUGACAUUAAUUUCUUUCCUCUUAAUCCUACUUUUAUUCAUUCAUUUAUUUAUCCCUUUGCUACUGUCCCUGCAUUCCCUUCCUGUCUGCCUUCACCUCUCACUCCUCUUCUGCACAAGGCAGGACAGAGUGCCAGAAACAGCAACCAAAGCAAUCACUACAAUACAAUAUACCUAAAUUGCUGGUUUAUUCACCUUUUCAUUCCUUUACAUUUUUACUCUUAUUUUUUUCAUAUUUCUGACAUUAUUUUUCAUAUAUUCUACAAGUUAUUUUUUACAUUUCACUGUUUUAACUCCAUCACAUUUUUAAGUUUAAUUAUUUCACAUAUCAAACUUUUCAACUCCUUCAAAUUAUUGUAAACUUUAAUUAUUCUACAUACUUAACAUAUCAACUCUUUCAUAUCAGACAAAAUGAGACACACAUUUACAAAUAUGGAUACUGAGGUCAAAGUGGAGCCAUACCCUUGCCAGCCCUGAGGUCACACAGCCACACCAUAGACACAACACUCACCACACAGCACACAACACACAACAUUCACAACACAACACAACACUCACCACAUGCGUGGCCUCAAGGUCUGCAGUGAGCUUGUUCUUGAUGUAUUCCUCAGUGUAUGUCGUCAUCCCUCAGAUAAUUCAAAGCUGUGGGGGAAGAACACAACCAUUAGUCAUCACACACACACACACACACACACACACACACACACACACACGUUUAAAAAUAUAGUUUCCCGCAAAAAUGUGUUGAGACUUGGAGCAGUUUAAGUGAAGAAAUGGUGUCAGAUACGAGUGUGCAGUUUUAAAGAAAAAUUGGAUAGGUGUAGAUAUGGAGACGGGGCCACACGAGCGUAAAACCCUCUGUAAAACUACAACUAGGUAAAUACACACACACAGUACUCUCUCUCUCUCAUAAAUGUAAUGGUGCGAGAUGGAGGUUACAAGAUCUAUGCCAUUAUGCUCACAGCCACAGUAACAAAUGGUCGGGAGUCGCUAUUCCUCCCACACCACCUCAAUUGCAUCAAGUUGACAAUUUUAAAGUACAAAGGCAAGAGAGUUCCAAGACUCAAUAUUCAAAAGGCAAGGCGUUCAAAGAGUACGUGACGUGUGGCAGCUGGGCGCCCUCCCGCAGCCUGCCCGCCCUAGCACCCCUCCUCACACACCACACACCGCUCACACACCUUCAGUAUACACCACCACAGCGAACACACACGCCCUUCACUACUGCUAGGAUGAACAGCGGCUGUGUACGUGUAUGAGAGGCUUAGAACACUGGCAGCCACUCACUCACCGGUGUCGUGUUGGUGGCCGCCUCGCUGUGUACGUCGCUUACUGCCAGUGCCACUCACUCACACAGCAGCACGCGGCGCCAGGCAGAACACGGCUGCCUUCACGGGGAAACUAUUUUCUUUUAAGACAUCUCCCUGGUGCUACUUAUCACCAGGCAAGAGCAUUAUUGACAAUGGGACCAAAAAGACAGAAAACCACAAAAGAAAACCAUGUGAUGUUGUGUGGCACCCCUGAGGACAGCAGCAGCACACAGCAGCACACAGCACACACUCCUGCACCAACCAGCCUCAGUCCCUCCUCUGUCACUAAGGAAUAUCUAGAGAACAGCACACCACCUCUCACAGCUGCACAGAUGGAACAUUCUUGUGCAGCCAGUAGUGUUAGAGAGAGACUACAAACCACAGCACAGACAGAACAGCCCCAUGCAGCCUUUACUCGCAUCCCAGAACCACAAGCCACAGUAGAACAAAGAGAACAGCCUCCCACAGCCUCCACCAUCACCCACAGCUCACAUCCCACAGCAGAGCAUACAGAACAGCCCCCUCCAUCCUUCCCUGCCUCUCAGACCUCUAUCGCUACUCAGUAUUUGGACAUAGAGAGGAGGCUGUGUGGGAAGCUGGUGUCCUUACCUUAUGGAGAGGCAGUGCAGUAUGUGUACAACCCUGUGGACUAUGCCUGGGAGAUCCACCGAGACUUUGUGGUUAAAUUCUGUCGAGGGAGAAAGAAAGUGCUGCUGUUAGGAAUGAACCCGGGGCCGUGGGGCAUGGGGCAGACUGGGGUUCCCUUCGGCCACGUGGGAUAUGCUAAGGAGUGGCUGGGAGUGACAGGGAGGGUGACACGGCCAGCCCAGGAGCACCCCAAGCGGCCAGUGACGGGCUUAGACUGUGGCAGGAAUGAGGUGAGUGGUGAUCGCAUGUGGGGACUUCUGAAGGAGCUGAGUGGCACCCCAGACGUCCUCUUCACCCACGUCUUCAUCCACAACUACUGCCCUCUUUUCUUUCUCAAGGCCUCAGCAAAGAACGUCACUCCACCAGAACUGAAGGUGAAACAACGCGCUGCCCUGGAGGAGGAGUGUGACCGGGCCCUGGUGGAGGUAUUGCGUCUGCUGGAGGUGCAGUGUGUGGUGGGAGUGGGGAAGUACGCCACAGAUCGCACUAAGGUGGCUCUCCGGCAGGCUGGUAUUGAGGAUGUGCAGGUGAGCACUUUAAUGCAUCCAAGCCCAGUCAAUCCAGCAGCUAACAAAGGCUGGAGGGACAUCGCCAUUAGGCAGCUCACAGAAAACAGACUCCUUCAUUACUUCCAGCCACAUCCCACUGUUGCUUGAAGGCCUCAACGCUGCACCCAGUCACUGAUACCCUGUCAAGUGGGCUGAGAGAGGCAGAGAGAGGCAGUGCAAUAAGACAUAACUCAGGGAAGAUUGUAUAGAAUGAUGGCAAAAAAGUAUAGUGAUAGACUGUACCACUACAAGUAAACAGUAUCAGGAAAUGUAUAGAGACAGUGCAAUAAGUCUGAACUCAGGAAGGAUACAAGGGUGACAGUGAGAGAGGAGUGGUCUAUGAAAUUCCACUACUCAAGAAAAACACUGCAUGCAAAUAGUAGCUAGAAGAGGGAGAAAAGAUAGUUUGAGACAUUCCACUAUCACGUACAAACAGUAGCAGAAGUAGUGAGAGAAGACAGUCAUACAAAUAGUAGC